AUGACGACAGACAGCCCUCGCAGCUACGUCCCAUUGACAUGCCAUGGCCACUCCCGGCCAGUGCCACACUUUAGCUUUUCCAACCUUGAGAAGGAUGGGCAGUAUUUCAUGAUCUCGGCUUGCAAAGACGGAAACCCUAUGCUUCGUGAUGGCAUCAACGGAGAUUGGAUAGGUACCUUCUUGGGCCACAAGGGCGCCGUCUGGCAAGCGAGGUUGAGCCCCGACCAUACCUACGCUGCCACUGCCUCAGCCGACUUCACCGCGAAGAUCUGGGACACCCACACGGGAGAGCAGCUUGUCACGCUGCAGCACGACCACAUUGUCCGGGCCGUUGCCUACCCCCCCGACAACUCUGAUCUCGUGGCUACGGGCGGCAUGGAGAAGAAACUCCGCGUCUUCGACCUCGCAGAGCUCACUGCUUCGCACCCCGACACUCCCGCCACGAUCCCGGCAUCUGCCGGCUUUGAAAUCGGUGAGGGCGUGCACACCAGCUCCAUCAAGUUCAUUUGCUGGACCCAAGAUCCAAACAUUGUCGUGACGGCAUCGGACAAGACUCUUCGCUGGCUCGACCUCCCCAGCCGCAUGGUCUCGCUAUCGGCCGACUACGCGUCGCCCAACGACCUUGGAGGCGGCAAGCCCGUGCUCGCCGUCGCAGCCGGCAAGACGGCCUACUUUUGGGGUGGUAACCGAGCCAUGGAUGAGCUCAAGCGGAUUGCCUUGCCACGCUCUAUCGCUAGCGUUGCCCUCGACGUCAAGGGACGCAAGGUGGUGGUGGGGGAAGAGCCCGGCACUUGGGCCAAGGUCAUCCGAUACGACGACGAGGUUGAAUUGGAGACGCUCAAGGGUCAUCAUGGCCCAAUAUGGUCCAUUUCGUUUUCCCCCGACGGCAAACUUUAUGCAACCGCUUCGGAAGACGGCACGAUCAAGCUGUGGAAGAACUGUGAGGGCCAUUAUGGACUCUGGAAAGGAGGUGCGAACCAGGAGCGUUCUGCCGAGUAG